AUGGUGGCGGAUCGCGAGACCCAUAAUCGACAACGAAGGCUGCUAUCUCAUGCCUUCUCCGAGAAAGCAUUGCGGGAGCAGGAAAGCCUGAUACAGAUGCAUAUCAGCAAACUAAUUGAACAGCUGGAAAGCCGGUCGCCCUCUGGUAACGUUGACUUGGUGUCAUGGCUCAAUUUCCUGACCUUCGACCUAGUAGGGGAUAUGUGCUUCGGUGAGAACUUCGGCUGCUUGGACAAAGGCGAAUACGAUCCGUUCGUCCGUGCCAUUCAGGGUAUGGCCACCGAACUUACCUACACCCAGAUGUACAAGUACUGGCAUCUUGAUGGUCUUCGCCGGUACGUGGUGUCCAAGAAAUCAGUCGGCAAACGUAUGGAGAACGUCAAGCGUGCCAUGAUGGCUGUCGGUCGACGAAUGCAGCGCGAGACCACUCGCAAAGAUUUCAUGCAUUAUAUCAUGGCCGCCAACGACGAAAAAGGCAUGUCGCCGCAAGAGAUCCAUGUCAAUGCCUUAUCGCUCAACAUUGCCGGAUCAGAGUCCUCAGCAACCGCGUUAUGCGGUAUCAUCUUCCUGCUCUUGACCAACCCCGCAUGCUACAACCGACUUGUGGAAGAGAUCAGAGGUGCUUAUGACUCCGAAGAAGACAUCACCAUACUGAAGUCGCAUGAUCUGUCGUAUAUGGAUGCCGUGAUUUCUGAGUCGCUUCGCCUCUAUCCGCCAGUGGCGAUCACCAUGCCACGACGUACGCCAGUAGGUGGUGAAACGAUCGACGACAUCUCGGUACCCGCAGACAUGACUGUUGGCGUUCACCACUACUCCACAUAUCGACACCCUGACAACUUCCACCAGCCGGAGCAAUUCUUGCCGGAGCGAUGGCUCGCUGCCAUGCGCACAUCACCGCCUUUCCAGAACGACCGACGAGAAUGUGUCCAGCCGUUCUCCUUCGGUCCUCGGAACUGCCUUGGAAAGAACCUUGCUCGAGCUGAGAUCCGUUUGACGUUGAGUAGACUGCUGUGGCGCUUCGAUGUGCGGUUGCAGUCUGGUCAGAUGAACUGGCUGAAGUCGCAGCGUUUGCAAGGGUUCUGGCAGAAGCCGCCGUUGCUGUGUACAUUAACGCAGGUGAAGCGAACGUGA